AUGGCUAAUGACUGCACCCUUACCCGUCUUUCCCUUCGCAUGGUUGCCGUUUUCAGCACUAGUUCGUCUACUCCUACCUUCUCGUGCACCCGCGGCAAGUGCUACACGCACCUCUUCCCACCGCGCUCCACCGUGAUGCUCGUGCUAACAGUGCUCGCGUUCAAUCUCACGGAGUUUGUCUUCUUCUGUGCCACUGACUGGACCUCACCUGCCAUUGACGGCUUCACCAGCGGGACCAAGGGGCAUGGUGUGAGAGUGCAAGGGGCAUGGUGUGAGAGUGCAUGGGACAUCACCCUCCCUUACAUAUCCCAGCCUCCCUUCCAAACUCUGCUCAGCUCACUUGUCUUCCCUCAACUAUCCAUGCAGGGGGGAGUGCUGGAUCACGGGGUGUUCACCCAGGGCAGAGGGCUGCUUCUGCGGGAUUCGGCGUUGCUCUUCAUAGCACUGCCGGUCAUAUGCCUUAUAGAGAGCGCCAACAUCACCAGCGACAUCGCCAACUUCAACAUUUUCAACAUUGCCUUUGAGCUCAUCAGUGGAUAUGGCAACGUGGGCCUUUCCUUGGGCUACACCUGUCCGCCUGAAGCUGGUCCUGACUGUGUCACUCCUCCGUAUAGCUUCUCUGAACUUCAGAAUGGCUCCUCUGCUGCAACCUCGGAUCUGCCAGGUUGCAAGGUUAAGAAGGGCCCUGUCUGGCGUUUGGAGUCCUUGGUCCAAGCUGGUUCUCGUGCUGGUGAUGCUGCUGGCCGGCACAGAGGUCUGCCUGACAACAUCGACGCUGCCAUCUCCAUCCCCAACCGCAACCAGUUCAUUCCCGAACCUGCACUGCCUGCUGCACCGCCUGCUGCAUCUCUUGUAUCUGCUGCCCCUGCUGCCACUGCUGUAGCUGUUGCACCUGGUGCUGGUGAUGGUGCUGGUGCUGGUGCUGGUGCUGGUGCUGGUGCUGGUGAUGCUGCUGGGCCGCCACAGAGGCCUGCUGAACAACAUCGAUGCUGCCAUCUCCAUCCCCAACCGCAACCAGUUCAUCCCUGA